CAACAACACAGCAAACAUCCAUAAACAGAACGCAUGUACGCCUGGGGUGCCAACAGCCAUGCCCAGCUGGGACUGGGCUACGCGACGGAACAAUGUGAAUCCCCGCAACCAUUGACCGGUGUGCCGUUUCGUGCCGGCGAUGUAGAAUGUGUCGCUGCCGGUGGUGGCCACACGCUUGUAGCGACGGUCGGCGGGAGAUUGUAUGCUUGCGGAUGGAACAACCGAGGCCAGCUUGGUUUGGGACACACGAAUGAUUGUGUCCGGUUCGAGUCCGUCGGUGAGUUCGGGUUCAAGCGGCUGUACACAGGAUGGGACACAUCGGCAGGGAUAAGCGCAUCCGGAGACCUGUACGUAUGGGGAUCGAAUGUGUGGCAGCAGAUAGGACAAGCAGGGGUUAAAAGUAUCCCUACACCCACACGGAUUGAGCUACCGGAAGGUGGACCUGUAGCGAAAGUAACUUUCGGUUUACAGUACAUGGCGGUGCUGAUGGAGAGCGGAAAGGUUUGGGUGUUGGGAAAAUGUAAAUUCCUAGCCGAUUACCCGCUGGAAGUUGCAUCGAAGCUAGCGAUUCGAUGUCUCUGGGAUAGAAGCUCGGUCCGGGAUGUGGUCAGUGGAGAUAAUCAUUUGGUGCUGCUAGCCGGCGACCGUCGAAUCGAAUGCCUUGGCGACAACAAACAUGGCCAAUGGUUGGCGGGCAAUAGAAUAUCGGAAGACGUUACAAAGCUUGAAUCUGGAUGGACCCACUCGGGAUGUUUGACUGUGAAUGGAACCGUGCAUCUAUGGGGUAGAAACAAUUACGGACAGCUUGGACGACCGGCACCGACUAGCAGUUGCUCAGCUCCACAAAAGCUUCAACUAGAGACGGACCAAAUGGAGCUGAAAGAUUUUAGUUUGGGAUCCCAGCACGGUGUAGCACUGACACGCGAUGGUCGUGUGUACUGUUGGGGCUGGAACGAGCAUGGCAACUGUGGCACGGGAAGCACAGCGAAUGUAUUGGUUCCUACCCCGAUAGACAUCCCCGUGCCGGUGAGGAAGGUGAUCUGUGGUGCUGGUUAUACGAUGGCAUUCACCUAACACACACAUCAUUCAUCUCGCAAUGCAAUCGUUUCCAUCACCCGCCAGUGCCAUCGACCCAUUUAUUAACGAGCUGGAAAACAAUGGCAAAGAAAUGGCAAUAAAAACGGGCACAAUUGGAAAAAGA